AUGGAAUAUGGAAUAUGGACGUUGAGUUGCAAAAACGAAGCAUACCGUACUCCUUGUGAAGGACUUCUCCCAUAUCAACUAUUCACAGCGGCGUUGGUGUCUCAAUCUCCAGUUUGUGGGGUCUAUGCUGCUGAACCAACACUACGUGAUACCGAGGACAUUGGUUACGAGUGA